ACGGAAGUGACGGUAACGGUUGGAUGAACAGGCAGUGCCACAAGGUUGAGUAAUGUUGAUUUUAAGAAUCUGUCGGUGAUCUUAACUUGGCAUCGUUGACAUUUUCUGUCAGGAGCUUUGAACCCCCAAGACAGGGAUGUAUUUCUGGUAUCUUGAGUUCCUUUGAUUGAUUUGGUGCAUCUGUUCCACCAUGAGCGGAGUGGCCUUAGGACUUGAAAUUGUGUUGGUCUUUUUUCUUGCCUUAUUUCUGCUUCAUCGUUAUGGUGACUUCAAAAAACAGCACAGACUUGUGAUUGUGGCAACUUUACUGGCUUGGUACCUUUGUUUUCUCAUUGUUUUUAUACUGCCUCUGGAUGUGAGCACGACUGUGUAUAAACACUGUGAAGCAGCUAAUUCUGCAUCGGUCGCUACAGCUUCUCCACCUUUGUCAAACUCAAGCUUGUCCCCUAGUGCAAAAAAUGGAAAUGGCACAUUAUACACUUCUAAAGCUCCAAGUAAGCACACUCCAGUUAUUGACAAAUGUACCAAACCAUGGAGUUACAUACCAGAUGGAAUUAUGCCUAUUUUUUGGCGUGUAGUAUACUGGACAUCACAGUUUCUGACUUGGAUCCUUUUACCUUUUAUGCAGUCAUAUGCCAGGUCAGGUGGGUUUUCCAUUGCCGGAAAAAUUAAAACUGCAUUGAUUGAGAAUGCAAUUUAUUAUGGCACUUAUCUGCUGAUAUUUGGAACCUUGUUAAUAUACGCUGCUGUUCACCCAAGUUGGAACCUGGAUUGGCGCCACCUACAAACCAUUGGGAUUACAGCUGCCAACACUUGGGGUUUGUUUCUACUCGUGUUAUUAUUAGGCUAUGGCUUGGUGGAAAUUCCUCGUUCAUACUGGAAUAGUGCCAAUCGGGGAUUCCUCCUUAUGAAGACUUAUUUUAAGGCUGCCAAGGUGAUGAGUGAAAAAGCUGAUGCAGAGGAAAAUUUGGAAGAUGUUAUGGAGGAGGUUCGUAAAGUGAAUGAAAGCGUAAAGUACAAUCAUCCCUUGAGGAAGUAUGUCGAUACCAUAUUAAAAAAGUGUCCAACCGAGUAUCAGGAGAAGAUGGGUAAGAACAUGGAUGAUUAUGAAGAUUUUAAUGAAAAGCAUAAUGGCUGUUUAACUGAGAAAAGCCUGGUAAAGCUCCACAAGCAGGUGAACUAUGCAGUACAGAGGCAUAACCGCACCCAGGUUCAGUGGAGAAUUCUUUUAGAGCAAGCUUUCCACUUGGAAGAUGUAGCAAAAAAUGAGACUAGUGCCACCCGUCAGUUUGUUCAUACUUUUCAGGCAGAAGAACCCCAAGGCUGGUUUUCACACUAUGUCUAUAGCCCAGCUGUUGAGUGGUACUGGGAGUGCCAGUUGAAACCAUGGUGCUACAGGAUCCUUGCUGUUGCAUUGGCCCUCUUCUCCAUAAUGGUGGUCUGGUCAGAAUGUACAUUUUUUAGCACCAAACCUGUUCUGUCCCUCUUUGCAGUCUUCAUCAAUCUUGCUGAAAGUUCCUACAACUACCUGUAUAUUGAGAUGGCAUGUUUUAUCACAAUCUUCUUCUUGAGCAUCUGUGUUUACUCAACAGUCUUCAGGAUUCGUGUUUUCAACUACUACUACUUUGCAUCCCAUCACCAGACUGAUGCUUACAGUCUUCUCUUCAGUGGAAUGCUUUUCUGCCGUCUGACUCCACCACUGUGUCUGAACUUCUUGGGUGUCACCCAUAUGGAUGCAGCUAUAUCUAAGGAUUACAAAAAAAUUCCAACUGCCUAUACUUCUAUCAUGGGAUCCAUGAGUGUCCUAUCCUUCAUUGCAGAUGGAUUUUAUAUUUAUUAUCCCAUAUUGGUGGUUGUUCUCUGUAUAGCUACUUACUUCAGUUUGGGAACUCGGUGUUUAAACUUGCUUGGAUUCCAGCAGUUCAUUGGGGAUAAUGAGAUGACUUCUGAUCUUAUAGAUGAAGGAAAAGAACUCAUUAGAAGAGAGAAGAGAAAACGUCAACGUCUAGAGGAUGGGGAAAAUAGAAGAAAGGAAUGGAAGGAACGCUACGGAAACUUCCGAGAUGACUCCACACGAAAUCGAAAUGUGCACCCAGAGCCCAAAGAAUCCAUCUCAUCAGACACAAGUACAAGCAGAUCUGUUCAGAAGUAUACCAGAGCAAACAGUAGAGGAGAAAGGGAUCGCAUUGAACUGCUGCAAGAUGUGGAACCUGUUGAUUUUAAUGGCGAGACAUUCACUGAUGAUCCCCUUGACACGGAAUCAGGAAGGUAUCAUUCGGGAGGAAGAUAUCUCUCAAUGUCUCAUAGUCGAAUCUUUGAUGAUGUCUAAUUAAAUUCUCUGGACUUUUCUAGAGGAGUCUGACCUUUCUCAAAAUGUUUCUGGUGCAUUUUGUAAAGGAACUUCAUGCAGGAAAUGAACAGCUAAAACAUUUUAACAUAUCAGGAAGUUGCCUUUUGGAAUUAAGGAAGUUCAGAACUCCUCAGCUUUAUCCAAGGAUGCAUGAAGUGACACACCAUUGUGAACAAUUUCAUCUUCUAUUAAGCUGUUUAAUAUCACUGAAUCUCUUGUACCUGAUGCUGGUAUAUGAUUUUUAAGUAGUAAGCAUCAUACCUUCCCAAACAGAAUGUAAAAAAGUGAAUUCAUACUCCAUAAAUUUUUCAGUAAUGUUUGUGCUUGAAGUACUGUCUCUCUCUUAAGUUUUCUGUUUAAUGAUAGCUUGGUAUAUCAUUUAUGAUGGUCUAGCCUAUGUUUGAUAGUAAACUGAGAAAGAGGUUGAUGUCUGCGACACCAAAGGUGUGAAACACAUGAAUGUAUGUCUCUUGUGUGUUUUCAUUACAUUGGGCAUGGGUUUGUUCUGUGCCAUUGUAGAGUUGGUAAAGGUUUCGUUUUCCCUAAAACAUAAAGGUGAGUUUAGUAUUGAAAAUGUUUUUAUGAAGUAAAUUCAUAUGAAAAAUAUGUGACAUGGUAUUACAUUUUUAAUUUAACUUUCAAAUGAUGUUAUUAAUUUAACUAGCAAAUCCAGUGGUAAUGUCUUCUGUAGUCUCUGAGCUGCACUUUUGUUUGUAGAUUAAAACUUCUGGUACUCGGUAAGACGGCUGAAUAUAGCAAGUGGAAACAAAGUGCUCUGUUGCUUUGAACCAAAUGGCAGAAGUUUGAAUUGUGGUCGCGCUGUACGACUGAAGUCGGUUAUGUUUGUUGUCCAGUAGAGAGCCCUGCCAUCCACUGAAAUUUACAGUUCAAGGCCAGAAUUUGCUAACACAACUAAGGAGAACUUUUUAGAUAAAAGAGGUUCAUACAGUUUGGAGAUGUAAAAUUGUUGUAAAGCUUGAGAUGUUUAACACUGCUUGAUCAAAGUGAUGCUUAAUAGGUAAUCAUGAGAUUUUUAGGCAGUGUUGGAAUCUUGUGACUGCAAGUUGUGUAUCCAGUUUUAUGCAGGUUGUAAAGCUGCUACUGCUGUGCAGUAUGAAAUGUUAUGUUAUAGAAUAUUUAUAGUACAAUGUAUAAGUAAACCAUUUUGGCUCGUUCAGUCACAUGGUAAAUUGAGAGUUGAUUUGGAUGCCAGUCAGCUUAUUCACUGCAAGAAAGUCAGACUUCCAUAAGAUGAGUCUUGGCAGGGUUGGGCAGGCCCAUGAUUUGUUGUUCAUUUAUUUAGCUAGUUCAUAUGACAGUUAUGUACAGGCCAUUUAAAUUUGCAGAAAAGGGUAAACGGUGCACAUGUGCUGGGAUCACCACCACAGAAUUAGUGUGUAUGUCACACCUGACGCUGAAAUGUAGGGAAAUAUGCAGGUUAAUAAAACCCACUAGAGUAACACAGUGCACUUAAUUAAGAUCAGAGGUGCAUGGAAGUUUCCAGCCAUCUGACCAAAUGAGGAUUAGAUAUCUGUUAGAAAAGUAAAACAUCUGUCAGAAUGCAGGCAACACUUCCAUUAAAUUUUACAAAUAGGGAGUAUCUUAGGUUUUUAUUUAGUGCUGGCUUUGCAUUGCCUUUUUUUGUUAAGUCAUAACCAGAACUUAUACAUUUUCAUGCCCAGCUAUGGAGUACUUCAUUAGUAACUGGUUAUUGAACUGCAAGGGUCAGUUUGGCUUCUUGUAUUAAACAUAGUAUUACUUAACCUUCUUGCACUGUGUAAUAUAUUUUACCGUUCAAGUAUUUUUAAAACAUACUUUUUAUGGUAAUGUUUUGUCAUUUACUUUUUUGCAAAACUCACAGUAGCCUUAGUGAAAUGAAGCAUAAUGUUUGAAUAUAUUGCCAUUUUACCAGUAAGUACUAACAGCAGACUAUGUAUUAAAUCACGAGACUUCAAUCUGUGCAAAAAAAUAUAAUUCACUUGUAAUAUUUCACCGCCCACUGCAUUAUAUGAAAUAGUCACUUUUCAUUCUUUUUUUAAUAAGAAAUAGUGGAAAUAAUGGUAUUGGGUUUGCAGUAUAUAGUCACAUAAUUUUAUUAUUUCAUAUAUUUGCCAGCAUCAAGUACUGACACUUGGUGUUUGCAGUCUUUGUCAAAUAAAUGAAAAAAGGGAAACUUACUGAAAUAUAACUUUUACUGACUGCAGAUGUAAUGCGAGUUACUCAGAUGAAAAUAUACUCUUUAACAAUGCAGCAUCAAACACUUGAGGGAAAGUAGUCCAUCAGAUGCCAUUGUUACUGACAUCUCUCAGUAAAAUACUGGGAGUAAGAUUCAGUCUGAAAGUAGAACGCACAGCUCUGCUUUUUCUUUUAUGGGAAAAAUUUGCCAAUUCAUGCAUCUGCUCUUGGCUGAUAGUCUUUUGACAGUAUGCAUUUUGUAUUCAGAUCAUUUUAGUGUAAUUAUUGCUUCCUGCCAGAAGUCCCAGAAUUCCCGACUGGUGGUGGCACGGAUCUAGUUUCUACACUGAUUAUAAGCAUUGUCAUUUCACUUGAUGAUCAUGUUCUUAUCCCUGUAAACAGCCACAGUAAAGUGUUACUUGGAGUAGGGCAUUUCAUAAAUCAUGUUGCAGCCUCAUUAAUAAGGAACUUUCACCUCACCCUCAAGAUUGUGCAGUUUCAGAGUUAGUAUAUUUGGAGAUGCAAGGCUAUGGAGGAGUGCAGGAAGGCUUCCUUCCCUGCAAAAACACUUUGUUUUGUAAUCAGUGAUGUGUAAUGUCAACUUGUGCUUUCAGCGAAUGUUGUUUCAGGGAUUAGCCAUUAUGAGUGUGGAACUGCAGAGCUGUGCAUAGGAGUGCAUCCUUCCCCACCAAUAUUUUGUGUUGUAGUUUACUUUGAACAACUCUUUCUACAUUAUUUUCAGGCAGUUGCAUUGGAGGUAGGUGCAUGUGACACAUUUUACUCAAUUGACACCUGAUUCAGACACAUACUUCCUACAUAUUGUCAAUUAAGAAUUCAAAAAAAUGCAGUGCAGGCUAGUUAGAUUUUCAACGAUGCAUGUCAGGCUGAUGUCACCAGUAAGCCAUAACAGAAUUUGUUGAUAAGAGUUAAAUUGGUUGUGAAAAAUCACCUCAACAAACAUUUUUUUACUAUUUGCUUUUCUCCACAGUGCUUGUAAACCACCAACUAGCAUGGUUGCUACUCCAUGUCUGGGACACAGAUAGCACUGUGUCCCACCAACCUUCCAUUUAUUUGCUCCUGAGGCAGGAGGUGGUGUGGUGCCCAUUGGUUCCCCUGUAGGGUUAAAAUCACUGGAGCCCAUCCAUUUCCUGAUCAGACAGGUAGCAUGGCUAUCAAUGAAACAGCUAUGAGGGAAAUCCCACCCACCUGGUGGUGAUGUACACCCCCGUAUCUACACAAGGACUAUCAGCUCUACAGGCAAAAGCUCACAUGAUCUAACAUGAUCUGACAUGCAACUUGCAAGAACUCCUGAUAUUUCAGCUUGGGUAGCUAUGCCCACUCCGCUGUCACAACUGUGACCUAACUGUUGGGGUUUACCACGAUCUUCCCAGAGUGAUACAACCAAUAGUGAGGCAUCACCAAAUCCCUGUUUGUAAGUGAGAAAUUUCCCAAAAAGCCACAUCUCUGCCACCCCCUCAAGCCAACUCUACCAGCACCAGAGCUGCUACUCGAAGACUGGUUGUCAGACACAGAUAACACUGUAUCCCCCUGUGCCACAGAGUUGGAUAUGGCUUCGAUAAACACUGGAUAAAACCAAAUAUUGUAGCAAAAUGCAUUUCAGAACCAAUCACUUUUGCAAGUAGAGGUCCUGAGUGCUUUGAUUGUACCUUUUCUUAUCAUCUGGAAAAUUGGAACUGUGUAAGAUAACGUGACAGCAUUGGAUGAAUGGAUAGUUGAAACUGCACCUACUGUUAAGAAGUAUUCUGAGUUGGGGUAAUGUUGAUGUUAUGCUGCAGUGCCUAUGACUGUAGCUGUAAAUAACAGCCAUUGACUAAUUCAAACUUUUGCAUGGAAAUAAUGUCUGUCAGGUAAUUAAAAAAUGCUUUGUGGUAAUUUUGAAAGCUGUUCUGAGAGCCAACUAUGGUUUACAUUUUCAGUAUCUCCUCAAAAAGGUUAGUCAGCUGAGAAACUUGUAACAACAUUCUGAGUAUUAAACAGUUAAUGCAUUACAUAUUAAAGUUAAGAGGUCAAAAAUGAAGUAAUUCUGACUAUAGUGUAACCUGUUGCUGGUGUUUGUUGAAAAUCUUUAUUGCGAAGCUCAAAGCUGAGUUGAAAACCUGUUGGAAGUGCACAUAUACACAGCAGAUGAAGACUGUUGUUUUUUCAUUGUGUCUGUGGACUUUUACAAGACUCACUGUGGAAAAUUAAAUAAAACGAAAGCAUUUUAAACAC